AUGUCCGCCCAAGAAGAAUUCAACCAGUUGGUGAACAGUAACCGUUCACAAUUCACCUCCCACCCAGAAGACAACGACUCAGACCCUCACUUCUCUGACGACGAACCCGAAUCCUCCCGCAUCCGCUCCCGCCAAACAGUCGACUCCUCAGACGAAGAAGCAGACGACAUGGUCUCCUCCCGCACCCCAAACUACCAUAUCCCCAACACCGUCUACGAAGCCAACACAGGCCCCAAGGGCGUCAUCGCAGACGCUCAAGCCUUCGAGCGCGCUCGCAAGAAGUCCUUCCGUCGUACCCUCCUCAGCGCUGCGGGGCUCGACUCCAACAGUGCCUCUUACAGCUCGUCCACUCGCGAUGACGUGCCCCUCGCAGGCGGUGACCAGUCCUCUGCUAGUGAAGACGACGACGAGGCCCGCUUUAUGAGCAAGUGGCGCCAGUCGCGCAUCCACGAGCUUCAGGAUCGGAAUAGUCGUCGGCCCAGUCCGCGGGGUAGACGGUUUGGAUCGGUUCAGACUGUUGAUGCGGUGGGGUAUCUCGAUGCUAUUGAGAAGGUGACUUCUGAUACCGUUGUUGUUGUCUGUAUCUAUGAUCACGAGUGUGAUGGCAGCGCUAUAGUCGAGGAAUGUCUCGUCACUAUCGCUCGCAGACAACCUACUAUCCGCUUCGUGAAGAUGCACCAGGAUAUCGCGGAGAUGGAUCACAUCAAGGCUCCAGCUCUGUUGGCAUACCGUGGCGGCGAUGUCUUUGCUACCAUCAUCGAUGUCCUACACAACAUUCCUCGUGGCCGUAGCUGCAGUGCUGACAGUCUUGAGGACUUGUUGAAGAUGAACCGUGUGCUAUGA